GAGGGCAGUAUGACUAAUACUGUAUUCGUGUAUAGCAAUACACUACAGUUAUAGUGUGACCACUUCCAUUAAUUUACACCACACCGAUAUUUUUUUAUCGUAUCGUUAUCUAUGUGACCUGGUCUUAAAGCAAUUAGUUCCGUAUCAGCAGUCAAUUAUAAGAAAGUGGGUAAAUUUGCUGGGCAGCUGUGCACGUCAUGUUUUUGCGGAUGUUUCCAUGGUUCAACUGAAUUCGCUCGUUGGCGGUGCUGACCAAAAAGAAGGAAAACUACAAGGGACUCUUGUGGCAAAUUAAGAUCCGUUCUCAAUCUCUGGCACCAGACAAUCGAUCUCAUAAAGAGCAAUAGCUUCUUUAUUUGUACUGUACGACGGGCACCAUCAUGAAGGAGGUGAAUAAUAACUCGUAUAGUUACUACUACCAUGCGAAUAUUAUUCGAAGCAGUAGUUCUAUAACUUGGGCACUCUUCACCAUUUGCUUCGCUAUAAUUCUGAUCGUGGUCUUUGUUCAGCCGUUCUGGAUUGGCGAUACCGACAAUGCUAAAAGUGUAGGCUACGUUGGCCUGUAUCGUAUGUGUGUAAGCUUCGGCCUAAGAGGAGAGCCGGAGUGUACGAGUAAAGUAUUCGAUUUUAGUCAAAUAGAUGGAAAUUCAGCACUAGCAGCUGCUACAGUUUUUGUUGGGCUUGGUGUUAUUUUUGUUCUGUUGUCAAUUUUCGGAAUGUGUUGCUUUAUGUGUCGUCAACCCACACCAACUACAGUUUUCAGAAUCUGUGGUGUUUUACAGUUAUUGACAGGUAUAUUUGUCCUCAUUGGUAUCAUCAUUUACCCAGCUGGAUGGGACCACAGCAUUAUCAAAAGCUUGUGUGGUGGCGAUUCAUAUUCGCUUGGUGGAUGUCAGCUGCGAUGGGCGUUUGUGUUGGCCAUCCUGGCUGUAUUUGAUGCCCUUAUCCUUGGAAUUAUAGCCAUGCUUCUGGCCAGCAAACAUGAUAAACUUCACCCUGAGCACUUAGAACACUAUGCAAAAAAACCUGAAAAAUUAUCGGAAAAGAGUUCAAUCUCUCGAGCGUUGAAAUUAUCACGUAACUUCAAAGUGAAUCCUCUUUCCGUAGAAGAAAACGAUGACGAGCGAAACAAUGGAGGUGUAUCGUCACCCAGUCAUCGUGGGCCAUCGCCCGAUAGUGAACCAACCAUUCGGACACGAAAUGAUUCUGGCACAAAAGUCUCAUCUGCUUGGCAAUAAUGAAGAAUAGAUACAGACACCGAUAGACGUGAUGAUAGGCAGGACCUUGUGAUGUGUAACGCUCUUAUGACUUUAUUUUCAUACAACAUUAGUACUUUCUUGUACUUUCAGCAAAAUUAUCUCAGGAUUUGUAAAAAAGUAUAAUUGUGUAUUUGCUUCCAUUAUCAUUUAAAUUUUCAAACUACAGACAGAAUAUGAUACCAUUAUGCGAGUCUGUGAGGCUAAUAUAAAGAAUAUUUAUUAUAAACUGAUUAGCAGUAGAUAAAAAAUAUAUAUGUGUAAAGUUUGAUGUACUCUAUGAUAUUAUAUAAUGUAUCUACAGACUGGUUUAUGCUGUUACACUUAUUUUAGCUACCGUUAACUACUUUAUUAUUAACUCUGAAUAUUAUUUAUUAUUCUCUGGUAAUAUAAGCAUCACAUAUUUAAUUCCAGUGUUGGUAUUAAAUUCCAAUGUUGCAUGACAGAUAACAAUGGCUUGAUUUUAGUUGAGUCGUAGAAAUUAAACUAGAAUGUAAAAAGGAACCAUAUACUUCAUUACUGUAUGCUGUAUGCACAGAUAAACUACUAUUUCAGUAAGUAUAUUAGACAAAAUUAUCUCAGGAUUUGUAAAAAGUAUAAUUGUGUAUUUACUUUCAUUAUCAUUUAAAUUUUCAAACUACAGACAGAAUAUGAUACCAUUAUGCGAGUCUGCAUUAAGACGCACAUGCAAUUAUGCGUUUGAUCGCUCCACUAAUUUACCAACAUGCUACAUAAAUUUUAUGUAGUAUCAAUUGGUUAUAGAUGAUUGGUCUAAGCCCCCCCCCCCCACCGGA